AUGUUAGAGUUUCAGGAAUCAAAAAUCGACGCUUUUAACCAAGCCGGUCAAACGCCAGAAAUUGUCGAAGGAGAAAUUGAAUUUCAAAAUGUUCAAUUCACAUUUCCUACAAGGAAGGAGGUUCCAGUUUUAAACGACAUCAGCAUAAAGAUUCCAUCAGAGAAAACGGUUGCUCUUGUCGGAGCAUCAGGGUGUGGAAAAAGUACAAUUAUUCAACUACUUCAAAGGCUCUAUGAUCCCCAACAGGGUAAGAUAUUGCUUGACGGUCGUGACAUUCGUACACUGAAUGUUGCUUGGC